AUGGAAACCAGAAUGGGUUGGAUUUUAAUGGGGAAACUGUUUGAUCAUAUGGAAGAUAGGAAAAAUGUGACUCCUGGCGUCGCAGUGACUUAUUUAUUAAUUCACUCAUCGAGGAUUGAAAAUUUGUGGAAAUUAGAUUUAUUGGAGGGAAGAUAUGAGGUUCAGUUGCCUUGGGUCAUAGAAAAGGACUGUUUAAGUCCAAAUUUCGAUAUUGCUAGACAGCGUUUAAACAGUACGACACACCGGUUGAUACAAAAGGGCAAAUUCGAGGAUUACAAAAAUGUUUUCACUGAUUGGUUAAAUGAAGGAAUUAUAGAAAAAGUCCCUGAACACGAAAUGAAUAAUCAGUGUCACUAUUUACCACAUAAAGGGGUAUUCAAAGAAACUUCGACCACGAAAUUGCGACCGGUAUUUGAUGCUUCCUGUAAAGACAAAAAUUCGCGCUCACUUAAUGAUUGCCUAGAAAAAGGUCCAAAUUUGCUGGAACAAAUUAUUCCUAUAAUUUUAAGAUUUCGCAAGAAUAGAAUAGGAGUUAUUUCAGACAUAAGAAAGGCUUUUUUGCAAAUGUCAGUGAAUAAGAGUGAUCGAGAUUUCUUACGAUUUUUAUGGUGGAAAGACUUUGACAAGGAGGAACUUAGAGUUUUUAGACAUAAACGCGUUGUUUUUGGAUUGAAUUGCAGUCCCUUUUUAUUGGCUGCUGUAUUAAGCCAUCACAUUGAUCUAAAUUCGUCUAAAUAUCCUGAAACAGCGGAAAAUUUAAAAGAAUCAUUCUACGUAGAUAAUUGCAUCACAUCUGUUCCUGAUGAAGAAACACUUACGCGAUUCAUCGAGGAAUCGAAACAAAUAUUAGAUUCUGCGUCAUUCGAUUUGAGAGGGUGGGAGCACACUUCUCUUUUGAAAUCUGAAGACAGUAUAGAACCUACUCCUGUGUUGGGAAUUUUAUGGGAUAAGGAAGAUGAUAGCCUUUUCUGUGAGGUGAAGACUGCUACUGACAAACCAGUGAAUCUUACUAGAAGAAAUAUAUUGUCUGCGACAUGGUUGUUAAAAAUUGGUUGGGAUACAAAUAUACCCGAAGACUUAGGAAAAGAGUUCUAUUCGUGGAUUGAUGAUUUGUCACUUUUAUCCAGUAUUAGAAUUCCAAGGGCUUUAGAUAUAAAUGGAAAUGAAAGUCUUAGUCUUCAUACGUUCUGUGACGCAAGUAAACAAGCCUAUGGAUGUGUGAUUUAUUUAAGAAAAGAAACAAGUGAAAAUGUAUCGGUGUAUUUUCUUCUAGCUAAAAGUAGAGUGAGUCCAUUAAGAAAAAUGACCAUAAAUCGUCUAGAAUUAUUAUCCUGCUGUAUAGGAGUCAGACUCGCAGCUCUUGCUUUACAAACACUCAAAUUAGACAACGUUCCAAGGAACUAUUGGACAGAUUCGAGUACUGCUCUUUCUUGGAUCCAAAGAGAUGACCAUUGGGGGCCAUUUGUCGCAAAUAGAGUAAAAGAGAUACGAAAAUUGUCAUCGGAAUCUGAAUGGCAUCACAUUCCAGGAAAUUUGAAUCCUGCAGAUAUACCAUCACGUGGGUGUUCGAUUAAGAGUUUUGUGAAAUCUCGCUGGUGGCAGGGGCCAGAAUGGCUUAUGUAG